AUGGAUUCUAUUCGUACCAGAAUAUCAGCAUCAAUAAAAAACAUUGUAUCAUCCUAUCGAACUGGAACUUUGUCUCGAAACAUUUGUAUUAUCAGUCUCAUAUUAUUUAUUUGUUAUUCAUACGCGUACUUUCUCGACUCGGAAAAUUUGCCCCCAAACACCGAUUUCGAUAUCACUUCGUACGCUGCGUUGCCCCUUCGUGUUAUUCUUCAUGAAGAAAUGAAAGAUCUCCAGAAACUAUACUAUCGAAAUGUCAAAUCUAACCGUAAUUCAUCUUAUCCGUUGAUCAGUGGUGAUACAUUUCGUGCCAUCGCCGACCAUGUUUUCGAUGAACUACGACAAGACAAAUUCGAAUCGAUGCACUACGGUGACGUAGUUUUCGUCAAGGGCGACAUGUUUUUCAGAUUUUUCCAUGGGCCGUUUAAAAACAUCGAUACACCAUUUGUUCUCGUUUCUCACAAUACUGAUAGUCCAGCGCCAGGAGAACAUCGACUUCGUUUAAACGACAAACGCAUUCUAGCAUGGUAUGCAACGAAUCCCUCGAUAACUUUUCCUAAGCUCUAUCCCGUACCGAUUGGGUUCCCCAAUGCACAUUGGCCAAGAGGAAAUAUUUCUAUGUUGCUACACGCAGCUGAAAAAUAUCGAAAACCUUGGCAUAAUCGAUCAACUUUGUUGUACGUCAAUUUUUCGCCUUUCACCAAUCGAUAUGAUCGUCCCAAUGCUCUUGGCCGAGCAAAGAUCUUUAAAAACGUUCAAAUAAUUAACGAACGCAUUUCUUUCGAAACCUUUUUGGAACACCUCGGUAACGCAAAAUUUGUUCUAUCACCACCAGGGAAUGGGUACGAUUGUCAUCGAACAUGGGAAGCUUUGCUCAUGGGAGCUGCACCGGUCGUUGUUCGAUCAGGAGUUGAUUCGUUAUUUAAACAACUUCCUGCUGUUGUUUUGGAUAGAUGGGAGAAUCUCACUGAAAGAUACCUAUCAUCAUUGAACUUUCGAUCAUAUGACAAUUUAACACCAACGAUUCUCUUUGCUCGCUAUUGGCGCCAAAAAUUUCGAAAGCAUCGUUUUCAUUGA